CCCGUUUAUAGCCGUGCUGCCCGGUUACAGCGCGGAGCGCGCAUCAAACCCGCACGCGCCGCGCUGGUUUAAGGGCGGAUCGGGAUUUUUUUGUUUAACGCAGCUUCGCUGGAAUUCCGCGUCUGACCGGGAUUCUCCUGCUCAUCCUGGUUUUCUGCAACAGCUGGCGAGACGCGGUCAUUUACCGGGAUCAUUCCGUUCGUUUCGCGGCAUAAACGCCGGGCGCUUUUGUGUUGAUGCAAAUGAUGCGCCCGGUAAACGCGCGACGGGGAGAGCGGCGCGACCGUCGCUCGCGCUGAUGACAAAAGCGGACUCCGGCGAUCAGAGCGCGCGAUAGAAACAGAAAGAAGGAACGUUCACCGGGAAGGACAAUGUCUCUCAGCAGAAGCAUCGAGCUCGAACACUUUGACGAGCGGGACAAGGCGCGCCGCUCCAAACGCGCCGCAGCCGGGGGUUCGGGCUCGCGCGCGAGCAGUCUGGUCCCGAGCCCCGCGCACAGCGCCAACUGCAGCAUCUACCGCACGCGCACGCUGCAGGCGCUCAGCUCCGAGAAGCGCGCCAAGAAGGUCCGCUUCUACCGGAACGGAGACCGCUACUUCAAGGGUCUGGUGUACGCGGUGUCCGGAGACCGCUUCCGGUCCCUGGACGCGCUGCUGGCCGAGCUGACGCGCGCGCUCGCCGACAACCUGCACCUGCCGCAAGGUGUGCGCAACAUCUACAGCGCGGACGGCGCGAGGAGGGUCACGAGCCUCGAGGAUCUCGAGGAAGGCGAGAGUUAUGUCUGCACCUCAAACGAGCCCUACAGGAAGGUGGACUACACCAAGAACAUCAACCCUAACUGGGGCUCACGGCAGGCGGGGGCGGGGCCCGGGGCGGGGGCGGGGCCUGGGGGCGGAGCUGGACGCACAGGGGGCGGAGCCGAGCGUCCGGGGCCUCAGCGCACACCUGGAGAGUCGAGGGAGGCCAAAGACUUCAUCAAACCCAAACUGGUGACGGUGAUCCGGAGCGGGGUGAAGCCCAGGAAGGCCGUGAGGAUCCUGCUGAAUAAGAAGACAGCACACUCGUUUGAGCAGGUGCUCGCAGACAUCACCGAAGCCAUCAAACUGGACUCCGGCGUCGUGAAGAGACUCUACACGCUGGACGGGAAACAGUUGACGAGUCUGCAGGAUUUCUUCGGUGAUGAUGAUGUUUUCAUUGCGUGUGGUUUGGAGAAGUUUCGUUACGCUCAGGAUGAUGCUGCUAUCGGACACGCAGGGAAGGGUGCCGCGGCUGCGUUUGUCAAUGAGUGUAAGAAAUCACGGCCGUCUGUCCCACCCAAGAUGACCAAGAGCUCCGGAGUCCCACGCUCAAAAUCACCUGUAUCAGCCAAUGAGGCUCCGAGGAGCGACUCUCCACCGAUGAGGUCAUCGCAGUCGCCCUGCAGCCCUUCAACUCAAUGCAGCCGGAAGACGUCCGAUCAUGAAGCGUCUUCAUCCCCGACCAGAGACCUCCACGAUGAGGAGGUCCUCAGUCCAGAGGUGAAUGGCAAUGAAGUUCAUUCGUCUGUCAUCACUGAGAAGUAUAAAGUGGGGAAGGUGAUCGGCGAUGGAAACUUCGCUGUGGUCAGAGAGUGUGUGGACAGGUCUACAGGACAGGAAUAUGCGCUGAAGAUCAUUGACAAGGCCAAGUGCAGCGGAAAGGAGCACCUGAUAGCCAAUGAGGUGGGGAUACUGCGCAGGGUUCAUCAUCCCAGCAUCAUCAUGCUAAUAGGGGAGCUGGACACGCCCACUGAACUGUACUUGGUGAUGGAGCUGGUGAAGGGCGGUGAUCUGUUUGAUGCCAUCACUUCCUCCACGAAGUACACAGAGCGAGACGCCAGUGCCAUGCUGUUCAACCUGACCGGAGCACUGCGAUACCUGCACAGAAUGAACAUCGUUCACCGAGACAUCAAACCAGAGAACCUGCUGGUGUGUGAGUAUCCAGAUGGGACCAAGUCUCUGAAGUUGGGUGAUUUUGGGCUGGCGACAGAGGUAAAGGGACCACUGUACACCGUCUGUGGGACACCGACUUACGUCGCACCGGAAAUCAUCGCAGAGAGCGGGUACGGGCUGAAGGUGGACAUCUGGGCUGCGGGUGUGAUCACAUACAUCCUGCUGUGCGGCUUUCCUCCGUUCCGCAGCGAGAAGAACCUGCAGGAGGAGCUGUUUGAGCAGAUCUUACUGGGCAGACUGGAGUUUCCCUCGCCGUACUGGGACAACAUCAGCCUCUCUGCUAAAGAUUUAAUUGGUAAGAUGCUGCAAGUGAAUGUUGGUGCUCGUUACACGGCUGACGAGGUGCUGGAACACCCCUGGGUGCAGGAUGAUGCUGUGAUGGACACUAACAUGGCGUGUGAGAUGGAAGAUGUUGUUGAAUCAGAACACACACACAACAACACAGCAGCAAAGGCCGAGGUGAACCUCUCUCACACACACACACACACACACACACACACACACACACACACGCGCACACACACACACACGCAGACACACACACACACACACACACACACACACACACACACACACGCACACACACACACGCGCGCACACACACACGCAGACACACACACGCACACACACGUUACCUUCAGCUGAUACAUUGUGUCUUGUUUCCUCUGUUACAGGUGGAUCAUCUACAUGGUAACAACCUCAUAUAUACAUUUUUAUUUUAAACUGCAUUUAUUUAGCCUUAAAUGAUCAAAAGUGGCAGUAAAGACUAUUUCUAAGUCUAUUACAGAUGAAUGCAGUAAAUGUUGAGUGUAACAGCUGAUUGUUUCUGACCGUGUGUACAGUAGAUGACCGCUGGGAGUAGUCCGAGGAAUCUCUCCGGAGGCGCAGAAGAAGAGAAACCCUGAUCAACACCUCAAACCUCAACACCAGACCGGACCAGACCGGACAACCUUCUCUCAACAUCUUCCGUCUAGUUCUUCGUAGCAUUGACCAAGUCAACCAUAAAUAUCACCUCGUCUCCAUAUUUUAAUGUUAGCCUCUAGUUGAAACCUCUAGCACAUCCCACAGACACACAGCAUCCAGGCAGUUUGUUUACAUGCACUCAGUUCUGUCAAUCUGAAUGAAUCCAGACCGAACUUCUGCCGUUUAGCUUUUAUAUGAACGCUAAACUCUGUAGUUCACAUGUUCAUUUACGUGUAGGCUAUAUUUCUGUAUUUCAAACAACAGGCACCAAGCUCAGAACUGGAAAAAGCCACUUGUUCAUGUCACCAGAGCUAAUAUGUUUUUUUGCAAAUAUUUAGUAAAUAUUCAUUUUCCUCCUCUGACCAGCUAACAAAAAUCUGUUUUAAGAAUGUUUAAUAACUUUAAGUUAUAAAAAUAUUUUUUUUUCGGAAUGUCUCUGAACAUUCCGAACUUCCAGAUUUUUUAAUGUUUUUUUAUUUAUAAUAUUGGUUUUGCUACUAAUAAUUAUAGAAACGUUACUUUUGAAUGUUCUCUGAGCGUUCUGAAACAAGUAACAUUUUAAAAACGUAAGAUAAACAUCAAACUAAAAAAAUAAAAUAAAAAACAAUUCCAGAAACAGAUUAUAGCCUAAUAAAUGUUUAGAAACGUUUUUCUGGGUUCUAUUUUAUCUAUUUUGCAAACAUUAUGGCAGUGUUACUUUUAAAUGUUCUCUGAACAUUCCAAAACUUGUAACAUUUUAAAAACGUAAGAUAAACGUCAAACAAAACAAAGAAAGUUCCAGGGACGGAUUAUAACCUCAGUAAUGUUCUUGUGGAAAAGUUUUAUACGUUUUUUAAAGACCAGAGAACUUUGAGUGCACAUUCUAUUAACGUUAUACUGGAAGAACGUUCAUAAGCUUGCGAGAACCUUGACCGAAGUUCUGAGAACGUUCAGAGUUCAUUCGAUCGCAGGAGGUAAAUAAAUAAGCACGUUUGAAAAACGUAUGUAAACAGAAAUUUCUCUUUUGAAUCCGUUCAAUAAAGUAAUAGCAGAUCGAAAUCGAAAGGGAGGUACAUGACAAUAACCGGAUUGAUUGAGUGCAUGUGAACAUAUUCUUCAGAUCAUGUAAGAAUCUAGUCCUAAACCGUUCUGGUCUGUGUUUGUACGCAGGGCUUCAACUAAACCAGCGACCUCGACUUUUACCGCACUGUGUCCUGCUCCUCUUCUUCUCUGUACAUAUCAGUGUCGAUGUUUGUGUCUGAUCAUAUGAAUCAUUAGAGUCUCAUUUCAGACAUUUACGUCAUGAUUAAGUCACAUGUUUGCAUUUAAAAGCGCGCGACUGUAUGGAACUGAAUGGGAAGGAGACGUUUCAAUUGUGUUGCUGGAUGUUUCUUUACGUCUGAUUUGUGUGUACAUAUGUGUUACGAGCCUGCUGUAGUGUUAUGACUUCGCUUUACACCAAAACUUCGGCCUUUACUGAUUGUCUGUGUGUUUAUAUCCAUGAAAUGCCUCUGUUGGUAAGAACUGUUCAUUUAAUUUGAUUUGAACGGUCGCUUGUGGAAUCAACGGUAUUAACUUUUGUACGGUGGCUGUUCGGGGCCUAAAGCUCCUCGUAAUUAUUCUAAUUAUGGAUUAAGUUCAUGUGUUAGUUUGUAUUGCAACAAUACAUCAUUAUUAGUAGCUGAA